AUGGCGGCGGCCACGGCCACCGUCACGGCGUGCGCGGCCCAGAACUCGCCGCAGGACUUCGUGAACCCGCACAACGCGGCGCGCGCGGCCGUGGGACUGGGAGUAGGCCCGGUGUCGUGGGACGACAACGUGGCCGCCUUCGCGCGGAGCUACGCGGCGCAGCGGCAGGGCGACUGCAAGCUCGUGCACUCCGGGCCCAACAACCAGUACGGUGAGAACCUCUUCUGGGGCAGCUCCGGCAAAGCCUGGACGGCGUCGGACGCCGUCGGCGCGUAG